GAGCGAGGUGCGAGGCGGUCAGUGAGCGAGAGGUGGGCAGGGCAUCGUGUUGCUCGAGCGAGCGAGCGGGCGGGCGGAGAUGUUCUUCCUCAAGAACCUGACGCACACGAUCAACUUGCAUCCCUCCUACUUUGGCGCAAACACGAGCGACUAUGUCAAGCACAAGCUCUUCGAGGACGUCUCGGGGACGUGCUCAGGUCUGCACGGCUACAUCGUCGCCGUGCUCGUCGUCGGAUCGGGCGAGGGGCCUUUCAAGCCUCAAGGCACGAUCCAACCUGGCACAGGCAUGGCCGAGUUCGAGGUGCCCUACCUCGCCGUCGUUUUCAGGCCCUUCAAGGGUGAAGUUUUGGACGGCGUCGUCACCACAGUCAACAAGAUGGGCUUCUUCGUCGAAGUGGGCGCCCUGACCGUCUUUGUGUCGGCUCAUCUCAUGCCGGGCGACAUGAAGUUCUCAGAGGACAGCCCACCACGGUUCAGCAGGAUGGGCGACGACAGCAUGGCCAUUCAAAAGGACGUCGUCGUUCGCGUCAAGAUUGUAGGCACGCGCAUUGAUGCUACAGAGAUUUUCGCAAUUGGCACGAUCAAAGAAGACUACCUUGGGCCUCUUGCGGCGGAUAGACAGUGAAGCAAGCGCUGCGAUGCUGGUCUUCCCCUGCACAGAGCAACACAGAAAAAGACUCGCGAGAAAGCGCAAAGAUGUAAAUGUUGUGACAACAGGGCUUGCAAGGUGUU